UGAACAUACCAUUAAAGAGUGAGAGAAUAUAAUUGUGCUUUAAACUUUACCGAACAAACAUACUAAAGCCAACACAAUAGCAGCAAUCUACUUGUUUUAAAAUAUUUUAAUGUUGUUGAAAUAACAAGAUGAUCAGUGCUGAUUUCUCAGGGGCUACAAUAGUGAUAUUUAUUGCUCUGGGAGCUCUUGUUUUGGUAUUGUUGUUUAUUUUCGCUAAGCGUCAAAUAAUGCGAUUUGCUUUGCGGUCGAGAAGAGGCCCACAUGUUCCAAUCGGGCACUCUGCACCCAGGUGGCUGAGAAAAGAAAUUGAACGAAGACUUGAUCUAGUUGGAAGAAUUAAACAUGAACCCAAGCUGGUUUCUGAAGCUAGUUCUGCAGAUACCCAUAAUCUGGAAACACUCUGUCGCAUGCAAGCUAUGGAUGAUCUAAAAAUUUUAGAAAUCCAGCUUCAAACCGCAGAUCCUAAAGCAUGCAGAAUGCCCAAUGAAAAUCUCAGACCAUUUCUAAUGGCUCAACUUCCAGGAAUAUUAAAAGGCUGCCAGCCAAAAACUAUACAUUUACUUUGUGACUUAUAUGAAAGAGCACGCUUUUCACCAGAUGGAUUUUUAUCAAACCACCUUGAGAAUUACAGGGAAAUAGUUGCAAAUCUGGUUCAAAUAUCGCAAAUGAACAAAAGUAGUCAAGCAAAUGCAAGCCCAAAAUUUGCCAUGACCACCAAAAUGAAGAAAAAAAAGGAAGCAACAGCUUCUACUAGUCUUUGAUUAUCUGUGUAUAUGCACCGGCUACAUGUCGAAUUUUGACGAAUUUCUUGAACACGAAAGCAAAAUCAAAUAAUUUCUAAAUUUCAAUACUGUUAGUCAAAUGUAUCAUGAAAAAUAACAGAUGUAUCAGGUUACUUCGAAA